ACAAUGGGAGGAACUCAGAGAGGAUAGAUCUUGUCUCCUCAGAAUGUCUGUUUGUUUUAAUCCUUUCUGCUGGAGCAUUGAUCUUUCUUCCCUUCCUACUUCUUUCCUACUUCCUUGGAUGUAUGGUGACCGGAUAAAGUAGGAAACCCACCCCACAAGUGCAUCAGAACUUCUUGUCCCCUGGAUAUCUCCCUCCUUAGAAUCAAGAGAAGCCAGGCUUUCUGAGGAUUUCAAAGUAGGCAAGGAGGGAGAAGAGUCUGGAAGGGGCCAAGACACUUGGUGAUCUCACAGUUUAGCCUUCUUGCUGGAUAUCUGUCAUCUGGUUUGAUCGCACUGUGAGGAUUCCCAGCCAUGGCUCGGAUCAUCGACCUGGUCCCUUGGAGUGAUAACUCCGCUGACGUUUACGCAACCCCGGCCAUCAUGUUCCCCACACCUCCAAAGAGGAACAUGCUCCCAGGGGUGAAACAGCAACUCUACCACCCCUACCUGCCCACCCUGCGGCGGAUGGACAUGGACACAGUCAUCGCAAAACUCCCUGAUGAGCAUUGCCAGUCAUCCUCCUACUGCUCCAAAGAUGACUUUAAUCGAGCACACUUCAGCAUGCUGGCUGCCCCCAACAAAACCCUGAAUGGUCUGGAAAUUACUGGGACAGGACAAACGCUUAAAAAGAGGUACCAGGAUGGGAAGAUGGCUCCAUUAGCACCAGGGAUUAACCAAAUCAACUGGCCCUGCCACACCUGUGCCAUUGAAGACUGGUCCCACUUUGUCUCUUCCUCAGGAGAGUUCAAGCUUCCUCUUGUGGAUAGAAAGGUUGAGGGCUUCAGUGGCUAUGCUGUGAGGCACCUGAAGCCGGAUGUCACCCAGUGCUGGCGGUACUCUCUUAACCAGAACCCCAGCCUUGACCAUUGUGGACAGAAACCCCUGCCUACUGACACCACGAACACCUUCCGAAGCUUUAAUUCUGCCUACAGACGAGUCAGCUACCUGACACCCUGGUACUAGCCUCCCAAGAGGAGGAAGAGGAUUCCGAGGUCUCGGCCAGCAGGACCAGGCCAUCUUAAGUCCCCAGCUCCCCAAAGGUAGAGAUGGCUCAAGUGGAACCCACCUCUUCCCUGAGGAAUAUGGAAUUCAUGGCAGGAAUAAUAAAGUAACCAAUCCACCCAAGAAGGCUUAAGCCUC